AUGAGCGAGGAGGACAUGGUGAACAUCAACCUAAAGAAGAUGAAGACGGACAAGGAGUACGCGCUGAUCAGCAACCGCUUCAUUGAGGAGGCCAAGCCUCCCGCAGCUCGGGUAACGGCGGCGUUUCCGGCCGCCAUAGCUCAGAUCGCCAGUGCCAUCGAAGUGCCAAGUCGAGCUCUAGUGCUGGGUCAGCUGGGUCAGUUGGGUCAAGGCGUUGACGUGCAGCUUGUUGACCGAAUCGAGGCCGAGCAACUAGUGAACGAACGUCGAUGGCACUGCCGACGAGCUCGCCAUUAA